AUGUAUUUUCGCACGAUUGUGAUCGGUGCAAUUGCUAUUGUUAUACUUGGAAUUUAUUAUCAAAACUACUUUAUCUCGAAACAUCAUAAUGAACGUCGCGCAUGGGUAACAUUGUUAGGUACAGAAGACUAUUUUCCAGGCGUAUUGGCUUUAGUUCGUUCAUUGAAACGAGCUAAUAGUAUUUAUCCACUAGUGGUAAUGAUGACCAAAGAUGUUUGUUCAGAUGAAGCACAACAACUUAUUUUAAAUGAAGGAUGUUCUAUACGAUUCAUAGAAGAUUUCUAUCCAACUAGUGAAACGGUAUAUUCUUAUCCACAUUUUUUUCACGCAUGGAAAAAAUUACGAGCAUUUGAAAUGGUAGAUAUUUGUGAUAAAUGUGUUUUUCUGGACGCUGACAUUAUUCUUCUUCAAAAUAUAGAUGAGCUAUUUGAUUUAAAUGAUAAUAUUAGUUUUGCUGCAGUACAAACAUGUACAUGUAAUUUAAGAAAGAUUUCAACAUUUCCUGAAUCUUGGAAACCAGAAAAUUGUCCUUAUACUCGUGAACAAUAUUCGAAUAAUACGACACAUGACAAUUCGCCUGCUAAUGUUAUUUUUAAUGCUGGAUUAUUCUUAUUUCGUCCAAAUUUAACAAUAUUUCAACAAAUGUUAGAAGCAUUAAAUACAUGGGAUUUAACUGAAUUCAAAUUUGCUGAACAAGAUUUUUUGAAUAAAUUUUAUCAUGAUACAUGGACACGUAUACCUUUCAUAUAUCAUGGAAUAAAAGUAUUCUCUAAAAGCCAUCCACAUUUAUGGGAUUUGUCAAAACUCAAAACAAUUCAUUACGUAAAUGCAAAACCAUGGCAAAAAUCUGAUGAAGGAAAUGUUGAAUAUGAAAUUAUUAAUCGAUUGUGGUGGGAAGCAUACGAAUGGAGAUCAGAAAAAAAAUAA